UCUGGCAAUUGUGAAUAAAGCUUUUGUAAAACAUCCAUGUGCAAGUUUUUGUGUGGACAUAAGUUUUCAACUCUAUUGGGUAAAUACCAAGGAGCAUGAUUGCUGGAUUAUAUGACAGGCUGUUUAUGGGUAACUGCUCAUGUGAGGUGAACUGUAAUGAGGAUAACAUCCUUGCUCUCAAAGAGGAAGAAGACCAAAAUGAAACUCCACCUCUCAUCUGGAAAUCAUUGACUCCCCUUCUACAAAAUAGUCAAAAAUCAAUGAGCUCAGGAAAAUCUCCAAGUGGUUACCAGUGGAUUAACGGCAUCAUAGCCGCCUUUCUCUCAUUCAGUGAAGAAAGUGUUAUAAUUGCAGCAGCUCAAGCCUUUUCUUCUCUACAAGCUACUAUUAAAUCUAAGAGAUUGGAAUUGAAAGAUAUUAUUUUGGUCCAUCUAUAUCUGAAAAACAUGAAAGAUUUCUCAUCUAUUAACUCAGCAUAUGUGACCACCUUCAAGCAUUGCCUGCCUGCAAGAGUAUGUGUAGAAACUAUGUUGCCAGAAGAAGUACUUUUCUCAAUAGAUUGCCUUAUCCACCAGAGUGACAUAAAGAUUGAUGAUGGUCUCUUUCACCCUAAAGAGAUUCUGCAUGUUCAGAAUAUUUCUCACUGGGCACCUGCUAGCAUUGGACCAUAUAGUCUAUCAAGGAAGAACACGAGUGUCAUGGCAAUGCCAAGGACACAGGUAGCAUCCUGGUGGUAGUGGUAGUUCCCCAUCUCCCCAGAGAUGCUGCUAUUGAGUGGCACGUCAUUGCAGUGGCAGAUAAGCCAUCUAGAAGGAAGCAUUUUGCUUUGUAGAAAAUAUCUGAGGAUUUUCAAAUUGAAUGUGAAGCUGUGACUUCCAUUUCUGCUUCCAGUGCAUCUAUCUAUCUCCAUUCCUUUAAGAUGGACGUCACCAUCUAUGUCCUCACCUGAUUUAAACAGGACUCUAGAAGACCUGAUGACUGUGUUUGUACAAGCAAGGAGAAGACUCUCCAAAGACAACCAAGGUGCACCAUUGUGUUUAGAAUAUUCUACGAAAAAGACAGCAUUAGUGCCCAUGUACUGCAAGCAGGUACGAGAACUAUCAGAGAGGUGAAAGUACAGACUGUGGAAUCACAUCAUAUAUGCUUGUCACAGAGAGAGUUCGGGAGAGUGAGGGAAAGGAUAACAUAAGUAGUGUGGGAGACAUUUGCUCCCAGUCCAGUUAGUGAGAGUGAGUGUGAGGCGGGAGAUGUGAAUCCACUGCUUCCUUUGUUGAUCUCCACUCUCUUGUGCCUUUUGUGUGAACCUCUCACUGCCCUAUGAAUGAUUCUAGUGUUUAAAGAUAUUUUUCCUGCUAUAUAACCCUCUUUAUUAUAUUCCAAACCAUAUUGUACACAUUAAACAUUUGCACAUACAUAUCAGAGAAUAGGUUUGUGUACACAGUACCAUGAAUAUACUAUCCUUUAGAGAUGACGCAUGGGAUUUAGACCAACCCCAUGUAAAUCUGACUCCAUGAUACACACACAAAGCGAGCCAGAGUCUCAUCCCCAAAAUCAGGUCUGACUCAAAGAAAAGCCCCACUAUUCAUGUUCCAAAGGCACUUUACUAAUAUGGCUUUGAGUCAUCCUUCUAAGAGACAGAAACAACCAACGUGCACUUGGCAUAUUUCACCAUGUGGCUGGCUAUUAAAACAAGAGGUCUGAACCAAAAGACACACUUCAUUCUCAUUAAGUGAGUCAUGGUCAAGAGUCAGAACUCAUAACCUACCAACUGGUUAAUUUCCAACUUGAAUAGCAGUGGGAAGUUCUCACUCUUCCCAGGCCCAUGGAAGUUUUGGUUUUCAUUGGACUGGUAUAAUGUAAAUAAGACUUAACUGAAUGAUCAAUCCAAAUUUGAUACACUAUUCCUUUAUCAUAUUAGCCUAAAUUGUGUACAAAGUCCCUCAGUGGGUUUUCAAAUGCAGUUGUACCUCAGGCCUUGCUACAGGUGAAUUUGAAUUCAAUAUUUGCAAAUUGAAUUGUAUUUUGAACAUUGUAUGGAAGUUAGCUUUUAAAAUGCAUUAUUUCUGGGCUUCCCUGGUGGUGCAGUAGUUGAGAGUCCGCCUGCCAAUGCAGGGGACAUGGGUUUGUGCCCCGGUCCGGGAAGAUCCCACAUGCCGCGGAGCGGCUGGGCCCGUGAGCCGUGGCCGCUGAGCCUGCGCGUCCGGAGCCUGUGCUCCUCAGCGGGAGAGGCCACAACAGUGAGAGGCCAGCGUACCGCAAAAAAAAAAAAAAAAAAAAGCAUUAUUUCUUAUAUUGGAUAUUUCAUAAGUAAGGUGAAUAACUCCCUGCUCAUUUUGUUUAAAUACAGAUUUUAAUAUGUAGAAUCUGUCUAAAGCAAGAACCUUUCUGUAGCUUCUCUUUAGUCUUUUGGUGACUGUUUGCAGACUAAACAGAAUAAUAACAAUUACAUCACACCAGUCCUGUGGUAUUAUUAUCUUUAUAAUAUGGGGAAGAGAGUAAGUCCCAGGUGGUUCUGAUCACCAUCCCAAGAUUGGACACCUGGCUCCUUAGAGGAUGGUAAGGUAUAGAAUCCUCGUUAUCUGUGUUCUGAGUCCAUGUCCUUUUCACUACUCCAGGGUCUGCUACAAGAAGGAAGGGGAAAUAGGCGUAUGGAAAUUAAAGAAGUAGCUGCUUCCACAUGUCAUUAGAAAGCCUAUCAAUGGCUUUGAAAUGGGCUCAUAAAGGGAAAAACAGAGACUAUACUAAUAAACUCAGUGCCUGAAUCUAAAUCUUUUUGCAGCCUUGGGAUUUUCAUAGUUUAAUCCUUUGUGAAAUAAAAUACACCAUAAUGGCCAUCACAAACCACCUUGGGACAACUUUAGUUUUGGAGAAAUACUUACUACAUAUAUCUUCAUAAAAAAUAAUUCUGGACAGAUCUCUUUGUACCUGUAUGCUAGCAUUUAAGGCAGGGUCUCUACAUUCACAUUUUUAUGAAUAUGAAUAUGAUAUGAAAUAUUAAUCUGUAUUAAUUUAAUCAUGUAAAAGAUGGUGCUCCAAAGCCCCAGUAUCCUAUUUUUCCCUACAUAACCUGAAGCAAUAUUAGAAGGAAAUUCAACUUGACAUUCUUUAAUAUAUUUAAAAAGAUAAAGCAAUGAAAAUGUAGCAAAGAACAAGCUCCUCUCAUUCAGGAAGGAAGGAGUAAACAUAGAGCCUGACAGAAUCUGGUGGUUGUUCUAUGAGGACUAGUUUUAGAGGAAAAAAAAAAAAAAUCAACCAGGUUAAAUGUAUUUCCUUUCUGCAGCAUGCCUACUUGCUUGCUGACAAUCCACAAUCUCAUUUCUGAACAAAUUAUACUCAUUUUGUUUGAAAAAGAAAUUUAACACAUACUUAAAUAGAGCAGUUUUGUGGUGGAGAAGAACUGUGCUGAGCUAUGCGUUAUACUAAUGGCAUAGGGUGCAGAAUGAGCCAUUGUGGUUUUUAUUUAUUCAUUCAUCCUUAGAUCCUUUAAAAAGUCUCCAAGGCCCUAAUGACCAUCAUCAUUAUCAUCAGUAAAAACUGCUUUCUGGUGAAAAGGCAAUAGGCAUUAAAUUUAGAGGCAGCAUUAAAUUAUCAGCAAAGAGGACUUGAAAUAGUACUACAUGCAUAUUCCAGGACACAAUAUACUGAAAGUUUAUACAGCACCAGUCAGGCACUCUUCUUUACAAAGUCUGAGAUUAAGAUGUUCUCUUCUCCUUUACAAGGCAAUGUCAUUUAGCUCAGGAGAAAAUUAAGUAUAGGCCAGUUCCUAUGCUCCAGAGUCAAACAUUGGAAGUCAAAGGUAUGUCAUAAGAAGGUUCUUAAUUAUAAAUAAAAUUUUAAGAAUUAUCAGUAUCAAAACUUUAUUUCGAGCAUUUCCCCUACCCACUAUAGUUAUUUGCAUGUAUUAAAUAAACACUGUCCAGUGAGUGAAAAAAUCAGUGAGAAGUGUUUUGAACUAAACCUUGGUAAGUCCUUUCUGUCUCAGAGGUAUUUUAAAUAUUCCAUUGU